AUGUCGUUUAUUAAAAUCCUUGAUGCUCUCCCAAACGUCUGCGAGUAUUUAUCGCGUCGUGAUAUCGCGAAUCUUCGUGAGACCGCCAAAUUAAUCAGUCAGCAACUUGUCAGAACUAAGACAUUCAAACAGCACAUUUAUUCAUUCGAUUUGGAGUAUGAUUCGAUACUGCAAUCAACUCAUCAAAUUGCGGUUCUGCGAAAAACCCUAACAUUGAAUGGGACGAUUCUGAUUGAGAUUCACAAUCCUGUUGAAGGCGAGACGGAGGAAGAAGAGCUCGCAAAAUUCGCGUUUGAGCAACUUCGUGAAGUAACAAUUUAUGGUAAACUCCGAUUGGCGAAGUUGCGUUUGGACUCAAUGUUUUAUAAGAAUUUAACAGCCAAAUGUGUUGAUUUGGGAAUCGUGACUACGAUGGACUUUACCCAAUGCAAACUGGAGAUCACACCAGCGGAAUUCAACAAGCUGCUUCAUGGCAGCAAAAUUUCGACAUUGAUCAUUCAACACUGUGAAAUGAGCACCGAUCUCAUAUCAGAUGAAUUGUUUGAAGGAUUGAAAUAUAUUGAGGCGGUGACGGUUCGCUUAUUGAGAUACACACUUUGCAAUCGUCUCACCGAGAAGCUCAUCCAAAAAUGGAUUGACUGCGAGCCGUCAAAUUUUCCCCGCUAUCUCGUUUUCUAUAAUUGCAAAAUUUCGACGGAAGCUGAGGAUAAAUUUUUAGAACUGGGGAAGAAAUCGCUGGCACUCGGUGGUCUCGCCUUAAUCGCUGUGGAGAUUCCCAGAUUGAAGGCACCCGUCGAUCAACAGGAUUAG